AUUCGAGUACAUUGAAGCAAUUAGACGUGUCUUUAAACCAAUUCAAUUAUGUCCUUUAAUAAGCUUUUUAUUUGCUUGUUGCUGCUCAACGUCAGCAAUUUGAUACACUCGGCCAUUUUGUCCAGACAACUCAUAGAGCCAAGAGAAACACACAGUUGUGAGGGACGCAAGACUGCAGGUCCUAUUUGCGAGUCCUGCGAUUUGUUGUCUACCUGUCUGCAGCACUCCAACGGCUGGGUCAACAUACCCGUCGAGUCCUGCGAUACUGCGAAAGGUUAUUAUUGCAAUGCUCGCCUGGGCACAUGCUCCAAUGCCACUGGACCCUGCCAUCCUUUUGCCGUCGACGUAAACUUCCAGUGCACCUCCCAGGGAACUUUUCCAGAUCCCUAUGAUUGCCAGAAAUACCACAUGUGCUACUUCUUUGAAACCACAUUGGUCGCCGCCACUGUGAGCUGUGGCAAUGACAAGGCAUUCAACGCACGCACCGGCCAGUGCUCCUUGACAGUGCAGAGCAGUGUCUGUACCCAACCGCAGUAUCAGUGUCCACAUGCUGGCUUUGUAUCCGCCUGGCCCAGCAACCCCAACAUAUUCUACGUCUGCAAGUCCACAGUGAAUCUAAAUCUUAAUGACUCUGUCAUCAUUUAUCCGUCACUUCACCGCUGCAACGACGGCGAGGUCUUUGAUAACUUUGGUUGUCGCGCAGAUAGCAAUGUGCCUAUGGAGACUACACUAAGACCGUCGGAAGAUCCUAACGAUGAUGGCUAUACCGUCGUGCCAAUGAGAUGUGAGCACGUGGGUCUCAUGGCGGAUCCACAGAGCUGUUACAAGUAUUACUAUUGCUCUGGGGUAAAUGGAGGGCUGCGCCACAUGGACUGUCCAGUGGGCACUUACUACAAGUCAGAUGUUGCCUCCUGUGUGCUUGGCACGUGUUAAA